AUGCCCUCGUUUCCAGUUGAGCCGCUCGUGCGGCCCAGAGAUGAUGGCUUGCAACUUUGCUACCGACUCCCCCAUCGCAUCCAUGCUGCCCAAGCCUACCCCUUGCGGUCACCCAACGGCUCUUCGAUCAUCGUUUAUGGCUACGAGACUGGGUUGAAGAUUGUAUGGAGAGGAGGAAGGGAAUUUUCGGCAUUGAAGGAGGCCGCGCCCUCAACGCAGGCGAAGAGCGCAAAGAACGAUGGCGAUGAUGCCGUAAUGAUCAUCGACUCAGACGAAGAAGACGCACCCGCGGCGCCUACAUCUCAAGAAGAGCCCACCUAUGAUUUCGCUACAGAGGAAUCCGAAGUCGACCCUGCAUUUCCGUUCGAACCGAUCUUGCGUCAGAUUGACAUCCCCUUGGGAAGCCGUGUUCUUGACGUGGCAGUUCCCCGUGUGCUUCCCGAAGAGGCGCGUUCUCCUCUCGACCCUUUCCCAACCGUUGCGAAGGACACAAUUUUUGUGGCGGCAGUCUGCUCAGAUCUUUCAACUCGGGUUGUGACAUUACCGCUUAUGCCCCCCCACCCAGCUCAAAAGGAUUCAAAGAGCUGGAAAAUUCAAAAAGUCACACUCAAUGGAGGUGUGACUCACCAAGAUAUCCCAAGGGGUGUCUCCUUGACAUUCAGCUGCCAGGAGUCUGAGGAUGAACAAGAUCGUCGAAAGUCACGAAGCCGAGUUGAAGGAUCUGGAAGAUGGGACCUUCUAGUUGCCACACACUCGGCAGAGGGAUCAGGCGCCCUCUUGAUCCAUCGGGUUCCUCUUUCAGAAGAGUCUUCUGGCAAAGAUGUGCUUUAUCGGCUAGUAGAAGAGGAGCUCGUCUCUCAACGGCGGACUUUGCCAUCGCCCGCUCAGACCAUUGCUUUCAACCCCUCUUCGUACCCUUCCGCGCGCCAUUCGAGCCUAUUGGUGGCGUUCCACAGUGGCUGCGUGAAAGUCUACUCGUGUUUUUCAGUUCAGAAAGCCGUUUCUAAGACUGGGCGACGUGGGUCAAACGCCCAGGACGAGUACGAAACCAUCGACAUGGAAGGCCGGUGGCUCAUCAGUUUGUACCCGGGGUUUGAGCAAGGCCCGACUGGCCUGACUCGACGCAAGACCAUCAUCGAUGCCGACUGGGUCUUGGGUGGACGAGCCAUCAUGGUUCUCUUGGCAGAUGGUGAAUGGGGGGUCUGGGAUAUCGAGGGUGCUGGCCCGGGAACGACAAAGGGCCCACUGCACCGCCAGUCAAAUGUACAAGGUGUCACCGGAGGUUCCUUGACUACAUAUGCGGUCAGCGGCCGUAUCGUGGCUCCCUUGGGCAACACUCAGUCGGACGCGGAGCAGCGAUCUCGAUUUGCUCCGAUGACUCCGUCUACCAGACGGGUCCGUGAGGAUACACUUCUCAAGGGAUCGACGACUGCCCCCAGCCCCUCACUCCGUGGUCAGAUCUCUGUCUGCCAGACCAACGUAUCCCACGAGUUACCCGACGAGUCGAUUCUUCUACGUCAUGGUCAGCACAGCGCCGUGAUUCCAAGCUUGCUAUCUCUCUGGCGCAACGCAGUCAAGACCACCGGCACUUUUGACGCCUCGAACCGAUGCCGCGUGACCCCAUUCCAAGUCGUCAACUUGAUGGGAGAGAACUUCCAAGCAAUCGGCCAUCUUCCCGCUCCAGCACGCCGUUCUCGAGCCGCCGAGUCACAGAAAUUCGAUAUCCUCGUAGCCGCCGAGCACCAGAUUGUUAUUCUCGCUCCCCGGUUAACUGAGUCCGAAGACAUCGCCGCAACAACUCAAGUCGCGAAGCAGGAAGUAGACGCAGAAGCAGACCAGAUGAUGCUGCGACGGGGUGAAUUGGACGUGGAGGGUAUGGGCCGUCUCCUGAACGGCAUGGCAAGCGGCGCUGGGUCUCUACGAGUGGGCGGAAGCCCGGUGAAGCGAGCUCGCAUCUUCACUUAA